AUGCGUAUUUCCACCCUCCUCCUCCCCUUCCUAGCCAUCUUCCUCCCGCUCACCAUCGCAGCCGCGGACGGCCCCACCAUUGAGGUCCUGAAAGCCGUCGAAUGCGACCGCAAGACCAAGACCGGCGACACAAUCUCCGUCCACUACCGUGGCACCUUGGCCUCCGACGGAUCGCAGUUCGACGCCAGCUAUGACCGUGGCCAGCCGUUGACGUUUGAGGUGGGGAAGGGGAGGGUCAUUAAGGGAUGGGAUCAAGGACUCCUAGACAUGUGCAUAGGUGAAAAGAGGAAGUUGACCAUCCCACCGGAGCUGGGUUACGGGCAGCAAAACAUGGGGCCCAUACCGGCCGGGUCGACGUUGAUCUUUGAGACGGAAUUGGUGGGUAUCAAAGGGGUGCAGGGGAAGGAUGAGUUGUGA